AUGAUUGAAAGACGAAAAACGACACGAAAACGCACUACUUUUACCGUUGAACAAUUGUAUGUUUUGGAGCAUUAUUUUGGGAGAAGUCAGUAUGUUGGAGCUGUUGAAAGAGCCAGAUUAUCGGUGAUGCUGGGGUUAGAAGAGAUGCAGGUUAGUUUGCAUGUGCGCUUUAUUGAGAACCUCGAAAUUUUAUCGAAAAAACAAAUACGCUCUAUUGCUAACUGUGUUUUCCCAGCCAAAAUUCAAAUUUCUAUGGUCAAAACCCACAUUUCCUAUAGAAAAAUUGAACCCGUCCAUCAUAUUUGCUCUCUAGUUUUUUUACUCCACCUAUCUAUCAAACUUGAACAGGAAAAUAUUUUUUUAAGUUAUCAGCAAGUUGGUUCCACUAUGAAGAGAUAAGCGGAAUGGGAAUUCCCGGACAAAAAUACAUUUUUCAAUGGAGCGCACUUGAAAAAUUGAAAUUUUUGAAUAGAAGUUCUAUAGAACAAAAGCUUUGUUGAAAUUCAAACAAAAAAAAUUGCAGAUCAAAAUCUGGUUUCAAAAUCGACGGAUUCGUUGGCGACGCGACGAAAAUCGCCGAGCAACUUAG